AUGAGGUGGCUCUUGCUACUGGCACUGGUGGCGCUCUCAGAAUGCAUCGUCAAGAUCCCGCUGAAGAAGGUGCAGUCCAUGCGGGAAAACCUGAGGGAGAAGAACUUGCUGAAGGAUUAUCUGGAGAAGAAUCCUUACAUGCCGUCCUACAAGUUUGCCAGCAGCCAGGAGGGAGUCCGGAAGAGUCUGAGGAACUACCUGGAUAUGAUCUACGUGGGCACCAUCAGCGUCGGGACGCCCCCCCAGGAGUUCUCGAUGGUCUUCGACACGGGCUCCACUGACAUGUGGGUGCCCUCCGUCUACUGCUCCAGCCCGGCCUGCAUGUACCACCGAGUGUUCGACCCGCGCCUGUCGUCCACCUUCCGCCUGUCAGGGCGGCCCAUGAACUUGGCUUACGGCACGGGGGCCAUGAACGGGUUUGUCGGCUACGACAACGUGAAGAUCGCUGGCCUCACGGACAAGAACCAGGCGUUCGGCCUGAGCGUGGAGGAGCCCAGCGUGUCCCUGGAGCACGCCCCCUUCGAUGGCAUCCUGGGCUUGGGCUACCCCAACCUGGGCCUCCCAGGCACCACCCCCGUCUUUGACAACCUGUGGAAGCAAGGCCUCCUCUCCGAGAACCUCUUUGCCUUCUACCUGAGCAGCAAAGGCCAGGAUGGCAGCGUGGUGAUGUUCGGCGGGGUGGACCCCUCAUACUACGUCGGGCAGCUGCACUGGCUGCCAGUGACCAGACCCUUGUACUGGCAGCUCGCUGUGGACAGCAUCUCCAUGGACGGCAAGGUCAUCGCCUGCCACCGCGGCUGCCAGGCCAUGCUGGACACCGGAACCUCGCUGAUCAUUGGCCCCCAGGUCGCUGUCCAGCAUAUCCAGAGCCUCAUGGGCGCCCAGCACUUCUACGGUGGCGAGUACAUCGUCGGCUGUCAAGCCAGGACCACCCUGCCUGACAUCGUCUUCACCAUCGGUGGGGUCCAGUACCCCGUGCCAGCCAGCGCCUACAUCCGGCAGCGACAGUGGAGCUGUUACAGCAACUUCGCCGUGUCCACCGACAGCUGGCCCCAGUCCAGACUCUGGAUCCUGGGCGACGUCUUCCUGCGCCUCUACUUCUCCGUUUACGAUCGGGCCAACAACAGAAUCGGCCUGGCCCCGGCCGUGGGCAGCCCGGUGAGGACCGUGCCCGAGGUCACUCAGGCUGCAACCACGGGGACCGCGACCGCACCAGGAGAGGCCGAGACGACGCCAGCAGCCACCACCAACCCAGAAAGCAAGUUGGAAAGCACCACCCGGCCGCCCUCGAGAUCCGUGCCCUUCGAGAUCAAGCCAGAUUUUUUUCCCUUCAACUGCUUCCCCCAGGACAUAAUUUUCCAGAAGAAAUCUCAGGACGAAUGA